CUGGGACAGCUAAAUCUUUAUAUUUCCAAGAUGCAGUUAAUUUUAUUUAAAAUAUAAAUGCUCCUCUUCCUUUUAUCAUAGUUAUGUGUAUUUCUAACCAGAUUUGGUUAGAGAAUAGUGGUCAAGGUCUCAGGCUUUUGAUACUGGUACACAACCCUAUGGAUCAAGCAUGUCUGGGAUGGAGCUCCAGCAGGACAAAAGUGAGCAUGUCCACAUGAGCCCUGGCCUCAGGAGACAGACAAGUGCUGAGAUAGUGUCAGAGGCUCGUCGCUCUCUCAGAACUCUUGCCACACAGCGACCUUUCACACCUCAGGAGAAGCAUCGGCAGCUCUUUGGAGAAUCCUCUUCUCGUGCGCAUGAUGGACGACCACCAUCGGCAUUCAGUCUUCAUGGCCGCCAUUUUGAAGUUCCUGACUCCAGGCCUGGCUCUGGAACUCGUCUCAGCCCACUGGAACAUAAACCCAGGCUGUCUGUGUCCCUGGAUGAGUAUGGCAGUGACAAUGAAGCAACUCUCCCCAAACCCCCAGCUGAACGAGGGAAUACCAGGAUAGGAUCAGGAGGUUCUCGGGCCAGACUGCUUAGAGCAGCAUCCAUCCACCGACUACCCUUCAUGACAUCACACACAAAGAAUAUGUCUCUAGAGGCAAGGAUCGAAGUAGACCAACCAGAUGACAGAGAAAAGCUACAUUAUGCUGAUGUUACAGAGCAUAAAACAAAAUCGUCCUCCGAAACUGACCUGCACACACUUAUCAAACACAGCAGGAUCCCGCAAACUGAUGUAUCCACUGAAAGAGAAUCAAAACCAGAAGCCAGGCUUGGGUAUGGAGACACAUGUGAUGACAACAUGGACGAAUCUGUGUUUUGGAACACUAAGGUCCUUCCUGUCCUUCAAGAAUUUGAGUCCUUUGCCCCAGGUGAUGGCGUGUCAGAUGAGAUUGUGGGACAGCUGUGUAACUCGUGCAAUGGUCUCCAUGACGCCCUAGCGGAGAGAGACAUGCUGGGAAGGCAGUGUAAAAAGAGGUCCGCCAUCCUUAGAACACUCUUCAGACUUAUAGAUGUGGGAUCGGACCGACUUAACUUAACAUUAGCUAAACUUAUUCUGGCACUCAAUGUGAGUGGAAACAACUUGCUGAACAUCUGCAAACUCGUCUUCAAAAUCAGCCGGAAUGCUAGUAACGACGUCAUGUUCCUCACCGACUCCAUCCUAGACUCCCUUCUGUGUCAGCUACAGUGUGAGGAUGUGUGGAGUAAAGGUGAGGCCGUGCUGUACUGUGUCGGCUCACUGAAGCUCCUCUCAGGAAACAGUGCCAUCUCCAGUCUGCUGCUGGCUAAAGACUUCAUCGGCACACUGCUACAGCUGUCAAAGAGACUGAUGCAUGGCCCAUUUACAACUUCAGCUAAUUUAACUACUCAGAGGUCAGAGGGAGAAGGCCAGCGUAUCAUCGCAGGACACAUACUGGUACAGGUCACUGCAGCUUUGAGAAAUAUAGCUGACCAGUCUGAGUCUCGGCCUUCCUUCCUGUCCAACAAGGCAUUCUUUACUCUUUGCUUGAUUCUGGAGAACCAUCGUAAUGACCUCGACAUCUGCAUUAAUGUGGCCCGAAUAUUCAGCAAGCUGUCCACCUACACUGAAUGCUGUCAUGCACUAGCUGAGACGCCACACUGCUGCAGCCUAUUUUUGGACCUUCUAGGCAAACACAGCAGGAAACAGGCUCUAGUAGUGCGUCUCCUGUUCACGCUAGGAAAUCUGACAUCCAAGAGCAUUGAAGCCAGAGAGAGAGUUUAUGAAGAGGAAGGAGGGAUAGAUGUCCUCUUAGAUCUUUUCCAGGCCUACCAGGAAACACUAUCGUCAUAUGAGCAAUGUCAUGCCCCUGAGAAAGAGGACAUCCUGGUCAAACUGAUCAGACUGCUGGCCAACCUGGCCAUCCAUCCCACCGUGGGCACGGCACUAGCUGCCAACACACUGUGUGUGCAGCUGCUACUGGAACUACUGGGGUGCAGGUGUGUGAAGAAGAGUGAAGAGUUAGUGAUUAAUGCUGUGGCCACCAUCAACAACCUGUCUUACUACCAGGGCGAAAGCUCAGUGGUCCGUUCCCAGCACACACACAUCUCACAGUUGCUGCUAAAGCUCUUGCUGAGCUCCAGUAUGGAUGCUGUUUUGGAGGCCACACGUGUUUUUGGAAAUCUGUCGCAGAUCAGAGACGUGAGACACUUCAUCAUGCAGCACAAAGUGGAACAGUUUGUGGUAACCCUUCUGGACUCCAAGACCCCUGAUGUGUGUUUCUCUGCAUGUGGAGUUCUCAUCAACUUAUCUGCAGACCCAGACAACAGGGCCGCACUGAGGGUCGAGGGAACCAUUCAGAAGCUUAUUGACUGUCUGCGUGAUUUUGGGCCUCAGGACUGGCAUCUGGCCGCUGUGGUGUGUCAGACUCUGUGGAACUGCUCUUUAGAUGGAGAGCUGCAACACUCUCAAAAGCUGCUUGAGAUCUUACAGCUCUACACAGACAGAGGAGCUUUGCAAUGGCCUUCUGAUGAUGGAGUCAGACCGGUUCAGGAAGCAUGCUGGGAGCUGCUCUUUUUGCCUGUUGCUGAGAGGCUAAGACAACGUUUACAUAUUGAAGACACUACUGGAAUUAUUCCGUAAGCUCCACUGAUACACGCCUUCACACGACUGUGUCUCU